CCGCUUGGAGCGCAGAGAUAAGGUGGGUGCCGGCUGCGCCAGUGCCACACGCACCCUUUGCAGCCUGGGCCGUGCACGGUUGGCCUAAAAUAACUUCUCCGUUCCCUGCAUGACACGGUGUCACCGAGGCACCCGCUCUCGGCCAGCCCCCUCCAAGCGCACCCUGCCGAAAUCCCCCCGUUCGCCAGCUGCCCCCAGCCCGGGGCAUUUCCCCGCUGUGCCGUGCCCGCUGGGCGGGCUCCCCCCGCUCCCGCUGCCGCCUCCUGCCCUGCCUUUGUCCCCGGCUGGCCCGGCGGGCGCGAUGCAGCACCGCGGCCACCGCCCGCCUGCGCCCCGCACCCCGAGCUGCGGAGCGGGGCCGGGCACGGCCGGGGGGGGGCCGGGGGGCUCCUCAGGGGCUUUGAGGCCGCCCCCCCGCCGGGCCAGGCGCUCUGCGGCCGCACGGCAUCAAUCAUUAACCGCGGCUCGGGUGUCCGGCGCCUCCCUCGCCGGGAAACCGAAGCCGGGGCGGCGGGGGCCCCUCGGGCGGCUCCCCGGCAGGGCUGGCUGCGCCGCCGGGCUCCGGUUACGGCGAUGCGGGGCGGCGGGGCGGGAGGAGCCGCAGCGGGGCCGCCACUGCCCGCGCUGCGAUGAGUGAUGCUGCCGGGGGCGGCGGCGGCGGCGGAGGAGGAGGAGGAGGAGGAGGAGGAGAAGCGCAGAGCCACCGCGGCUCCUCCGCCGGCGGCUGCGGGAGCGGCGGCUCCGCCUCGCCCGGGAGGCGGCGGCGGGGAGCGGCGGGGAGCGGGCAGGGGGCGGCCGGGGGGCCCGGGGCCGGCGGGGGCAGGCGGGGGAGCAUGCCGGCCGGAGACGGGGCCAAGGAGGAGGAGGAAGAGGGGGCGCCGCCGCCCGGCCGCCCCGCCGCCCUGCUGCGGUGGGACGAGGUGCCCGAGGACUUCGUGGAGUGCUUCAUCCUCUCGGGGUACCGGCGGCUGCACUGCUCGGCGCAGGAGUGCCUGGCCUCGGUGCUGCAGCCCACCAACGAGACGCUCAACUUCUGGACCCACUUCAUCCCACUGCUGCUCUUCCUCAGCCGCUUCGGGCGGCUGCUGCUGCUGCGGGGCGCCGGGGACGUGCCCUUCCACCACCCAGCCCUGCUGCCCCUCUGGUGCUAUGCCUCGGGGGUGCUGCUCACCUUCGCCAUGAGCUGCACGGCCCACCUCUUCAGCUGCCUCUCCCCGCGCCUCCGCGCCGCCUUCUUCUACCUGGACUACGCCUCCAUCAGCUACUACGGCUUCGCCAGCACCGUGGCCUACUCCUACUACCUGCUGCCAGGCCUGAGCCUGCUGGACGCUGGCGCCAUGAGCCGCUACGUGCAGCAGCAACUGGGCUGGCAGCUGGACUGCAGCCUGCCCAUCGCGGCCUACCGCGCCCUGGUGCUGCCCGUGGCCCUGGCGCUGGCCGUGGGCUGCACAGCCGCCUGCUGCCGCAGCCGCGCCGCCUGCUGCGCCUACCCCUUCGCCGUGCGCACCUUUGUCUUCGCCAUGCCACUGAGCAUGGCCUGCCCCAUCAUGCUGGAGAGCCUCCUCUUCGACCUCCGCACCCGCAACCCUACGCUCUUCAUCUACUUCUACCGGCGCUACUGCUGGCUGCUGGUGGCCGCCUUCUUCAACGUCAGCAAAAUCCCUGAGCGGAUCCAGCCGGGGCUUUUCGACAUCGUGGGGCACAGCCACCAGCUUUUCCACAUCUUCACCUUCCUCAGCAUCUACGACCAGGUGCACUAUGUGGAGGAUGGGCUGGCCGAGUUCCUCAAGGCAUCCCCAGCCGCUCCCACCUACUUGGGCACAGUGGGGUAUAUGCUGCUGCUGACGCUCUGCCUGGCUGUGGUGGUCAGGAGGUUCCUCAAUGUCGCAGACCUCUGCAAGCAGGACUGAUCAUGCCAGUGACCACCCUACCUGCAACUCUGGGGCUGGAGACCCUUUAGCUGGUGACCUUCAGACUGGCAACCCACAGAAUGGCCCAAGCGUGUCUUCAAGAUGCCGUGAAACCUGGGAGAAACGCCUGUAGAAGAGCCAGGUCCCUUUUAUAGAAGGUUGCUAGAGAAAAUUACCAUGGUGGAAAUACUCAUGCUCGUUAAACUACUAUGUUACCAGGGGAAGCAAGCAAACGCUUACUGGUAUGUUGCUGCUUAGAGUAUAAGCUGAAAUAAUUUAGUUCUGCUACUAGGAAGAAUGCAUGAACUGAGAAUGCCACUUACUAGUUUCAUAACAAUUCAGUUUAAACUAGCUAUGUAUAUACACAUACGUUUAUAUAUAUAGCUAUUUAUUUAUUAGCUACAUAUAUAUUUGUGUAUAUAUAUACUUCUGAAGACACACUUGUGCAAUGAUUACUUAUAGACUUUUAAUCAACUCCUGUGUGAAAUUUUCUAGCUGAUUAUGCACUGACAUUUAUUUUCCUCUGUGAUACUGUAACAGGCCUUUGUAGCCACAUACUGGAUUUUAAAUGCAAACAAAUUAAUAGCUAUCAAUACGUUUUAAGGUCUUGCAGCCUUUUCAGCCAGGGAACAUAACGGAUUUAAUAGAGAGAGCAAAACCAGCUGUGAAUUAUUACAGAAUUACCAGUUGAUGGAGAGACUUUAAUUAGACAGGCAGUGAAGCUUGAGUGGUUUGUGUAACCACUAGGAUUCUGAAAUAAAAUACAGGGAUAUGUAAAAUAACUGAACCAGAAAGGGGUCAAACUACUUUGGAGUGGAGGCAGGGGGGAGGAGAAAGGCACUGCAUAAUGGCACGGCUCUUCCCUCAGUGUAUCAGGAACAUCUGUCCCAUUAAGGGGGGAUUGCUAGGGGACCCUUUUAUCUUCCCUGGUAAAUCACCCCAAAAUCAGCCCUUUAGAGUCAAAGUCAGAUGCCAGACUUCCUAUAAGGCCCUGCCAAGCUCGGUGGGAGUUCUGUGGAUGUAAAGAGAGUAACUGAUGCAUGAGAUCUCAUUCUGGAUCUUUUAAAGAAUUACAUGGAACUGGUUUCUUCUGCUCUUUAAUUAGAGCACUCUGUCAAAUUUACCAUCCUAAAACUAGUUGCAGAAUAUGGUACUGCUGAGUAUGAGUUCAGGACCUACAAGUACUGGAUAUGGGCACUUUAACAUCAUUCCCUGCUUUAUCCUAUUCUGAUUAGUUGUGGCUACAGCUGGGUGUUUUGAAGUCCUCAUUCAUUAGCUUUGGUGGAUUUCAAAGUGAAGAACUAUGAGAUAUUUCCAGUCCAGGUAUUAUCUUUCUCACACAACAAACAGCUAAUUGCAGAUCAGAUUUAACCUACUCUUCAUAUAAAGAGAUUUUUUUUCUAAAUUAUAUGCAGAAUUCAAACAUGCAUUUUGAUUCUGUCUGACAGAACAAGUAAUAUUACACCAGGGGAUUACAACUUGAAGUUCAGGUGAGAAAUCGCUUGUAUACCCCAUUUUCAAAAAGAAGGGUGGUACUUCCUUGGGAAACGCUGAUGUCAUACCACACAAACAGCAUAGUGGUUCUUUAACUCAGCCUCUUUACCUAUUUUGCAGAAAUACGUGUCUGCUUAUAUCUUUCCCAUUUUCAUGGACAUGACAUCCGAACUCCCAAGUAUACGUUUUGAGUCCAGUCCCAGAGUUUUCUGUAUGACAAAGCCCCUUUUGUUUAUAACAGGAAUAUAGGAAGGACUGCAGAUAGGGAUUAUGAGGUCAUGUCCUUAAUAUAGGUCAGAAUCAUUACAGAAAUCAGUAAUUGGCGUGUCCUGUACCAAUGUCAGACUUUCCCUAUGCAAGUGUAUAAACUAAAAGAAAAUACAGGUUUGCUUCAUUUUCUCUUUUAUCUCAACCCAUUUUAAUGAUAGUGGAUUGGAUACUUUAGAUUCUCAGUGAAAAAUGAGAAUGGCCUUGGAAAAAUAUGUAUCUUUUGCCAGCCACCAUUCUGCUAAUAAUUUGUGGUGGGGUGACAUACGGUCUUGUAAAGAGAUUUGGAUAGAAUUGUCAGAAGCAGCGUGCAAGUUGUGCACCUGUGAGUUAUCACUGGUGGUCCAUAAAAAAUGGCAUGCCCCUGUUUGGCUGUCUGUGCUGUUUUCAUAUGCCAGCUUGCACUGAAAGAAAAUGCAAACUACGUGAAGUAGUUUUAGCUUUAUAUAUUUACAGUAACUUUUAUCAAAAUUAUGGCAUUGCUUUAUUUAUCUGCCAGUAAAGCAGAAAAUGAUCUGCACCAUAGGAGAAGAGGUUGGUUCACAUCACUGUCAUGCUUUGAAAUGUUUUUUAUAUUGUGAAAAAAAAAAAAAAAAAAAGGGCAACCAAAAGACUGGAAACUCACACCAGAAAGCGAGUGGAUCAAGACUUGCAACCAUGUCAUGCUAUGAAUUUCCACGACUUCAUAAAGAGGCCAAAACCUGAGAUAUAGUGUAUUCAAGUUAAAAUAAUAGAGACAUAAUAGUCAGAGCCCAAUGACUCAUCCAAGUUUCAAAACUAAUUAUUUAGAAAUGCCUUGCCUGGGAGAUGCCACUAGAAUGUCCGACCAGCAAUUAAAAACUAAGAAAGGAAUUAAAAAGGACAGAGACAGCAAAUUUCAGAACUAGAAGACAGCUCAGAAACAAGCAACAUUAAAAAACAAAUGUAAAAAAAGGCCUUUAAAGCAUACUGUAUAAUGAAUUAUAUUUGUGCUUGUCAGCCACAAUGUAGAGGACAUCUCAAGAGGCAAUGUCAAAGAAGGCUGUUGCUAACUUGUAAAAAUACAUUUGAUAUUUUCGGUUAGGCCACAUAGGGUCGUCUAUAUAUAUCUCAACUACAGAUAACAGUAUAAAGGUUGGAUUGCAACCAACUGCAAUUUUACUGGAAUCUUAUUGCUGUUACAAGAGUUGCCCGUGAGCCCCAGUCCCACUGCAGGUUUGGCACCUGGAUCUGAGAUUAAGAAUAUUGCUUCAUUCAAAACAUUUCUGUUGGCAAAAUGUCGAGGCACGUGCGUGAGCCUGAGCACUUUGUGGAACUAUUUGUACAUGCUGAUUGCAAGUACUCCUCUCUGAGCCACUGUAGUCAGACUGUAUGUAUCAGGAGUGAAUGAGUGGAGGGAGAUGUGAUCAAUUUUUAAGAGUUCUAAUUAAUGUAUGUUUGUUUGUUUGUCUGUUUAAAAUGCGUCUACAAAUUAAAAGUUACAAGGAGUGUGGAGAAUAUAUAGGGAAAUGCUACUUGAGUGUGUAUUUAUUCAGUAAAGGACACAUUAUGUAGAUAAUUGCUCCAUUUGCCAUGUUCAGUAGCAAAUCUCCAUGAACAUAGACAGAACAAAACUGAGUUAAAGAGGUUAAAAGUGGAACAAGACAUCUAUAAUUAUAGUGCUUGAAUUUGCUCUUGUAGAAGUGAAUGUCAGCACUUGUGUGGCUUGUCAGGGAGCAGGAUCUCUUUUGGAUUUGAAAACACACAUGGCUGAAUGUCCCUAAGCAUGUCCAGAGCUCAGACAGGAGGUCUGACCCGCACACUACAUGCAUAAGGACAUCCUAGAAAACAAACUCUUUUUGCGUAAGUACUUGUCAUAUUAUUUUUAUUGCCUGGGUACUUGCCAUAAGGUCUGCACUGUGGUUAGGGAGCAGAGGACUCCACAGCUCAUCUUUAAAACCAAAAAGGCUUUUCAGGGCUUUUGUGGUAGAGCCUGUGUGGGGAUGAGGGCCAGGGUGGAGCACAUGGGAAUGGCCUGAAAACGCGUGUUUUUCUUUCUUUGGCCGACACGGACCUUCAGACUGACAGACUUGUGGCAAUGUGAACAGACUGUUGAUGGGGCCAGUUCCCAGAGUGCUGGUGAUGCUGGUGACAUGGACGCUCCCCUUUGCACAUAGCAUGUGCCUAGAAUUGCAGUCUACACACUGGCACAUACUGAAUAAGCCCAGCUUCUGGGCACUUGAGAGUAACCUGUAAGCUUCAAGCACAUCUUUGUGUAAGAUAGAUAUACUAUACCUGGUCUGUAGUAAUUAUCCCAUGUUAUGUGGUGGAACACCGUUUCUUCUUCUGCAAUGUAUUCAUUUGAAUGUCACUAUCCAGGACACCUGCACAGCCGUGAGCUGCUUCAUUGGCACGACUGGAGUCUGCAGUCUGGAAACAAAGGGAAAGUUUUCAUCUGCAUGCUGCACUUGUAGAAAUUUAGCAGUUAGAAGUACAAACAUGUUGUUUUUUUACUAAACUGAUAGCUUUGCUUAGUUGUUCGAGUGUCAUGUUUAUUAUUUAUUUGCUGAAUCCAGCUACUGUAUGAUGUUUUUGUCAACAGUGCCCCAGCAGAAAAUGACAGUCUGAAAGUUUUACUCUGUGUUUAAGUAAACUCUCUGAGGCAGCACAUUCAUAAAGUAUUAUUGCACUUACUCAGUUGAUUACCAUCCACAUGCCUUACAGAAGCAAGUCAUACCUAGAGUAAUUGCCCAGAUUAUGCUGUCUUUCUUUGUCUAUGAGAGUAAAAAUGACCAAGUGGCCUGUAACAAGCUGAGGAGUAAGAACUCCUGUGUUCUCAUCCCUGCUUUGCCACUACCUACCUGUUCUGUGAGCUAGGGCAAGUUAUUUCAACUGUGUUCAUUCUGAAUGAAUCUAAUUCAUGUAAAUCACUGGAAUUGUACCAGGGUUGAAUGUGGCCCUCAGUGUCUCAGUUUCCACAUCUGUAAGAUGGGGAAAAUAUAUUUAACUACCUCGCACGGUUGCUCUGAAGACUAGCUAAUGUUUGUAAAGCACUUAAAAAUGCAAAGACCCUCCUAGGUGCUAAGAAGAAAUAUUGCUGAACUCCAACAGAGAGAAUGUCAUAUUUUCAAUGAACAUGAACGUUACUAGAUCAUGAACUCUUGGGACAAACCCCCAUCACUGUUACGCUCCUAGGAAGUUCAUACCCUGUGUCCUUUGGAGUCAGUGGCAAAAUUUCCACUGGCUUCAGGCAGCGGCAAUCAUGACUUGAAGCGGUAGUAAGCAGACUGACUAAAUGCAUAAGGGUCAGGAGUAGCAAGAAAAUAUACACGAGUUAAGUACUUUUCUCUUCAGAAAUUCUCACUGAUGACUUGUUCAUACUGAAGGGCAUCAUAACCCUGACAUGACGCCUUGUUGUUCUUUUAGCCAGGGGUUGUACUCCAGUUACUGCGAAACAAUGGAGUGAGAUUUCCCUGUCUUACACUGUCUGUAAGACUAGGAUUGUGUCUCAACUACCAUUGGGAAUUUCAGUCAACUUCAAGCUACUUCUUAACAGAGUAAAAAGACCUUAAGUAAAUCAAGCAUGUAAGUCAAUAUGCAUAAUCAUUCGGGAACAUAAACUUACAUUGAUCAGAAAGAUAACUUUCUCUUUCCUCCUCCUGAUUCCCAAAAACAACAACAUAGAAAAAAUUCUGUUCUUGAGAGAAAACUGAACUUAGGUCCUCUUAUCACUUAUGUGUAUUCUUCCUUUGCCAUGGAGCCCUGACUAACCAUCCUGGUAACCCAUGCUGCCCUUCUCCUGGAGGGACUGAAACAAACAGCACCAUUGAGUAGAGGGCAGUGUUUUUAAGAGCUUUUCUAACUGGCAACAGUACUGGAGACCAAAAAUAAAAAGACAAAAAAACAAACAAACAAAAAAAAAAAACACAACCAACCCCCCCAAACAAAACCAACCAAACAAAAAAACAACCCCAACUAAGUUAUCAACGGAUUCAAGUGAUUCAUUAAGUCAAAGCCUCUAAGCAUUAGAAGUUCACCCUAUCCAAACAUAUUCCCAGCUUCUCUAACACACCUGUAAGUCAGGGCUACACAACCAACACCCAAGUUACAUCUGAGAAUGUAGCCUCUUCUCAGGUGAGAUGUAAGAUGCUGAGGAACUGUCACAUGCAGUGAAAGAUACAGACCUCCAUUCAAGAUGUUUAAUGUUUUGGAGCUGGGUGUGGAAUAAAUUAUUUUCACAACUUCCUUGGACAAAUGCUGUUUCAUUCCACUGAAUUCAGUAAUAAAUUAAUGACUGAGGCAGAGGAAGCAAGCUUUUACUCAAAGUUGCCUGUAAGGAAACACCAGCAGACUUCUGCUUUCAGGACAAGUGCUUCCUGGCUGACCAUACUCAAGAACAUGGAGGAUUCUGAAGUAGUGCUUCACUGUUUUGUGUGAAUGCCUAAAGAUUUGUGCUUGUAGCUGGGGGCUACUAGUAUGAAUAAACAGUUUAUAGCAAGUCAUUUUUUUCUGUCUGAUAGAGAUUCAAGCACGCUUAAGUAUGAGGUAUCACAUUAAAGGGUCUGUGCAUGCAAUGAACAAAAAGUGUGAAUUUUAUUUGAUUCUGUUGGGAGGGGUUCAAAAUUUACUCUUUGUACACUUUUGGAUGCUGACGACUGUAUAUGUAAUGACUAUGCAUUUUUAGCAAAAAAAAAAAAGAAAGUGUGAGCUAUAAAUAAAGUUGAUUCUGAGUACA